UGUAUAUAUAUAUAAAACAAAAAUACCAUUCAUUAUCUUCACAUUUCUUGUGAAACAAAAAUUGUUAGAACACAAAUUGAACACGAUUACUAUGCCCCACGCAACGUAAAUAGCAACCACAUUUUGGACAAAAAGUUGGAUUUCUAAUUGAAACCACAAAUUUCAGUUUCCACUUUUCCAAUUGCAAAAAAUAGUACAACCAUACUUCAAAAACUCCUUGCCGCCACCGCUAUUUCUCAUCAAUGGCUAUUUUGGCUCAACCUGCUCCCUCUCUCAGGCCACAUUUGCCGCACCGCCGCCGCGCCCGAUUCUCCCAUCAAAUUUCCCUUCUUACCCGAGUCCAUUGCUCCGCCACCGCGCCAUCCAAGCCCCGCCGUCCCAACUCCGACAAUCUAACCCUCGAUCCGACCCUCCUCACUCCGGCAGCGACCCGGCCACCCGUGAUUAAUGACCCAGCUCUGAAAUCAAACUGGUCCCACCGUGCGUGGGUAGCAGGCGGCUGCACCACCGUGUUAGUUUCUCUGGCAAAAUCCGCUGUUGGUGCGGCCGACUCGCACAUCUGGCUCGAGCCAAUCCUAGCCGGCUUAAUCGGCUACGUGAUGGCCGACCUCGGCUCCGGAGUCUACCACUGGGGCAUCGACAACUACGGCGGCGCUGGAACCCCAGUUUUCGGAUCCCAAAUCGAGGCCUUUCAAGGCCACCACAGGUGGCCCUGGACGAUCACGCGCCGCCAGUUCGCCAACAACCUGCACGCCCUGGCCCGGGCGGUGGCCUUCGCCGUUCUGCCGAUAAUUCUCAUCUGCGACGACCCGGUUGUGCUCGGGUUCGUCGGAGUGUGCUCCGGCUGCAUUAUGUUCAGCCAGCAGUUCCACGCAUGGGCCCACACGACGAAGAGCAAGCUGCCGCCGUUGGUGGCGGCCCUGCAGGACGGAGGAGUGCUGGUGUCGCGGUCGCAGCACGCGGCGCACCACCGGGCGCCGUACAACAACAACUACUGCAUCGUGAGCGGGGUUUGGAACGAGACGCUGGAUAGCUUGAGGGUUUUCGAGGCCAUGGAAAUGGUGAUCUUCUUCAAGUUCGGUGUGAGGCCGAGAUCUUGGACCGACCCAAACUCCGAUUGGACUGAACAAUCUGAAGCCACUUCUUUAUCAUCAUAAAUAAAUCACAUUCUAUACAUAUAUAAAAAAAAAUGUAUCUUUAUCUUUUACAAAUGAAAUAGGAAUAAUUGAUUUGUAGAAACAUUUAUCAUUUUGUAUUAUUGAUUCUAUGGGCUGCUGAUGCAAAAUAGUUUAAUGUAAUUAAUAAGCUUCUUUGUAUGUUCAUUUGAAUGUUUGUGAAGAUCAACUUUGCAUAUUUCUGUCAA